AUGUUUAUUUGCUGCAAUAAUAAGCCAAAGAAAGAUAAGUAUAUUAAAUGUAAAUGUUGUAGGCCUUAAAAAAUUGAAUCAACAGGUGUUAGUUCUGAUGGUGAAUUAAUAAAGAAUAGUAAAGGUGAAGAGUAAAUUUUAAAGAAGCCAGUUUAAGAGAUUAUAAAUAAAUAGCCGAUUAUGAAAUUGGAUUAAAGAGACAGAAAGCUUUAAGAGAUUUAAAACAUAGUUAGCAGAAUCAAAGCAUAUAGAAAUGAAGGAAAGCUUAACUUAAGGUAUGGUAUAUUAAAAAGAUCUUUAGUAUUGAUGUUGAGAAAUCGUUCGUAACUUCUUUAAUUGAAGAGGAUUUACCAACAACAUACUUUGUUGAAUAUAAAUGGGCUAUAAAUUACACUAUAUUUUUGGAAAGAAGAAAUUCUGAAGUACCAAAAGCAAUUAAUAAUGGUAAAUUAUUGACUGAGGAGAAUGCUUAAAAAGAAUUAGUUAUAAUAAAAUCAGAAAAGGAUUCUUAACUUCUACCAGGUAUAUAACCAGAUAGACAUUAUGUUCUUUUAAAUGAGAGAUCAUGGACAUUAAUAAAUUUAUUAUAUGGAGGAGGACCUACAAUAUUUAUUGAAUUAGAGAAUGUAAUAAAUUCACCAGAUAUUUUUUUUAAUGAUGGUUAAACUAACAUUACAUCUCAUACAGCUAAUCCUUCUAAGAUAUAUAUAGAACCAUAUAUAGAAAUAAAUUCUUUAGAGGAUUCAGAUAAAUCUACAAAUAGAACCACUGAUGGAAGAUAAAUUUCUUAAAAAACUAAUUCAAUAAAAAUUUAACCUAAACCUUAUGAAUUACCAUAUGUAGGAUUACAAAAUCCAAAAUAUUAUUGUUACAUGAAUUCAGCUUUAUAAUGUCUUUUGAGUAUAAAAGAAUUAAGUAAUUCUUUAUUAAGAUAAUAAAAAUAAUAAAAUAAGAAAUUCACAAUGGCUUAUUAAGAUUUUUUAAAGGUAGUACAGAAUUCCAUUUCAGGAUCAUCUAUAUCUGUAGAGAAAUUAUAAAAUAUGUGUCUUAAUAAAUUUAAGUAUUCUUAAUAAUAAGAUGCUCAUGAAUUCUUAUUGUAUCUUUUAUCUGAAAUAUAAGAAGAAUUAGUGGGAAAAAAAAAGUAUGAAAAAGAAGAAUUUGCAAAUGCCUAAGAAGCUUGGGAUGUAUAUAAGAGUAGAAAUCCUGAUAUAAUAACUGAUCUAUUUGCUGGUUAAAUAGCUAGUAAAUCUCAUUGUUAAAAAUGUAAAGAAAUUAGUGAAGGAUUUGAUCCAAUUUUAGAUUUGAAUCUUCCUUUAUCAAAAUAAUAUGUUCCUAGAGAAUUAAAAUUAUAUGAUUGUUUAUAGAAUUACUUUAAAGAAGAGUAGAUUAAUGAUUCUUGGAAAUGUGAUAAAUGUUAAUUUGUUAAUAAAUCUGUUUUAAGAAAGAUUUAAAUAACUUAGACUCCAAAAUAUUUAAUUCUUCAUCUCAAACGUUUUACUUAAUUACCAAAGAGUCAAAAAAUUACUGAUGAAGUUACAUAUCCAGAAAUGUUAGAUAUUAAAUAGUAUUUAAUUUAAUUAAUUUUAGAUUUUGUGCAGAAGAUGUUUAAUAUACAAAAUACUCUUUGAAGAGUGUAAUCUCACAUAUUGGUUAAUUAAAUGGAGGACAUUAUAUUUCUUAUUCUUAAAGAUAAAAUUAAUGGUUUCAUUUUGAUGAUAGUAUUGUCACCAAAGAUAAAAAUAAUCUACAUCUCUCAGACAAGGGAGCUUAUAUCAUAGUUUAUGAACAAUUUUGA